ACAGCAUGAAAAUAUUUGUGAGUCAUUCAAAAGUGAGGUUAGAUUGACCAAAGAGCUCUCGGAAAAUGACGUUCGUGAUGAAUGACGUGAAAAUUUCUCCAGACACCAAAAGCCUACUGUUUGAGAAACACGUUGAAUAUAUCUCAAACUACGGAAAGGACAAGAAUGAGUACGAGUAUCAUAUGACGGAAUUCCUGAGGAUGUCUGGGAUCUAUUGGGGUGUCACUGCCCUGGAUCUAAUGGGGGAACUGGACAAGAUAGAUAGGGAUACAGUGGUGGAGUUUGUGAAAAAAUGCCAGUGUCCAGUGUCUGGAGGAAUUGCAGCUUGUGAUGGACAUGAUCCUCAUAUUCUCUAUACCCUGAGUGCUGUUCAGAUCCUCUGCAUCUAUGACUGCCUCAGUGAGAUUGACACGGAUGCUGUCGUGAGGUACGUGGGUAACCUUCAACAGCCAGACGGAAGUUUCUUCGGUGAUAAAUGGGGAGAGGUCGAUACGAGAUUCUCAUUCUGCGCUGUGGCUACUCUUGCAAUCCUGAACAAGCUGGACACCAUAGACCUCCCAAAAGCCGUGGACUUUGUCAUGUCCUGUAGCAAUCCGGAUGGAGGUUUCGGUUCCAAGCCCAAUGCAGAGAGUCAUGCUGGCUUAGUGUACUGCUGUGUGGGCUUUCUCUCCAUCACCAACCAACUGCACCGUCUGGAGUGUGACAAACUUGCCUGGUGGCUCUGUGAGAGGCAACUUCCCAGUGGAGGACUCAAUGGGCGUCCGGAAAAGCUUCCUGAUGUCUGCUAUUCUUGGUGGGUGUUGGCUUCCUUGACCAUCAUGGGUCGUUUGCACUGGAUCAGCGCCGAGAAGCUGCAGCAAUUCAUUCUCUCGUGCCAGGACAAUGAGACUGGAGGAUUCAGUGAUCGAACAGGAAAUCUUCCAGAUAUCUUUCACACUCUCUUUGGCUUGGGUGCCCUCUCACUCCUGGGCAGUGAUCAACUGAAAAAAGUCAAUCCGACAUUCUGCAUGCCUGAAUACGUUAUCCAGAAAUUCAAUCUGAAACCGCAGAGUUUGCAAAUCUAAUCCCAGAAACAGGAAAAAUCAUACAUUCCGCAGCCGAAGUACCUCCCUGGAACUGGACGAAGGCCAGAACAAAUGGACUUUUGUGUCUCGGAUAAGAAAAAGCGUUUAAAUUUAAAUAUAUUUUGCGUCUGAGCUAAAAGCAAAAUUUAUUAAAGCUUGAGAAUUCAAAGAAACUACGGAAAAAAUAAAUUGUUUAAAUUUUAAAUAAAAGAACUUCUCUGUCUCAAGAAAAA